GGUCAGCAUCUGCUCAAAGGGAAAAUGACAGGCCCAGCUCAUGGACGGAGCAGUUGCUGGUCUGUCCUGCAGAGCAAGUCCUGGCUGAUUCGGAGGGCACGUGGUCAUGUGAAAGGCCAGGCAGACCCUGAAGUCACAGCUGCUCUCUGAAGUUGGUAGAUCCGAUGCUGUAAUGUUGAUUAACUCUUGUCUUUUCGAUAUCUCAGCUUGCCAAGCAUCUUUCUUGUUACUAGCAGAAUAUUUAUUUUCUUUUCUCUUCUUCUUGUAGAAAAUUUUACUACAUCACACUGCUGAGAGACCCCGUAUCUCGUUACCUCAGCGAAUGGCGUCACGUCCAACGAGGAGCUACUUGGAAGACCUCCUUGCACAUGUGCGACGGCAGGACACCAACUCCUGAAGAGCUGCCAUCGUGCUAUGAGGGCACGGACUGGUCAGGCUGCACGCUGCAGGAGUUCAUGGAUUGCCCAUAUAACUUGGCCAACAACCGCCAAGUGAGGAUGUUGGCUGACUUGAGCUUAGUGGGCUGCUACAACAUGUCCUUCAUCCCAGAGAACAAGCGAGCACAGAUCCUGCUGGAGAGCGCAAAAAAGAACCUCAAAGACAUGGCCUUCUUCGGCCUGACAGAGUUCCAGAGAAAGACUCAGUACCUGUUUGAGAGAACUUUUAACCUGAAAUUCAUCCGGCCCUUUAUGCAGUACAACAGCACCAGGGCAGGAGGGGUGGAGGUGGAUAAUGACACCAUCCGGAGGAUUGAAGAGCUCAAUGACUUGGACAUGCAGCUCUAUGACUAUGCAAAGGACCUCUUCCAGCAGCGCUACCAGUACAAACGGCAGCUAGAGAGGAUGGAGCAGAGGAUAAAGAAUCGGGAAGAGAGGCUUCUUCACCGGUCCAAUGAAGCACUUCCCAAGGAAGAGACCGAAGAGCAAGGACGCUUGCCCACGGAGGACUACAUGAGCCAUAUUAUAGAGAAGUGGUAGCCUAGGCAGACUUUUAUAUUGAUGAUAUUCUAGGGUUUCCAUAUAAAAGAUCAUGGAAGUAAAAUUACAAAAACAACAAAAAAUAUUUUAUUUAAAAAGCAAGUCUGUAAAACAGAAGAUAGAUUGCUUCCUUAAGCAUAGGGUCUUUUUACUGUUUCUUACAAGACCGAUGAGAUUCUUAAAAAAAAAUAAAUAAAUACAUAAAAAUAAAAAAAGGGUCAACAUUAUAAUGCAGAGGUAAAAAAUGCACAAAUGCAGUUACCCGCUCUUAUGGCCAAAUACGAAAGAAUGUUUCUUAUCCUCACAAUUCAAACACAAAUGGCAGAAGUAGGAUUUUAAAAAUCUGUCUAUCCCCUGAGCGUAAUGAUACGAAGAUACAUAAUUAAAAAAAUGAGGUUUUCUUUUGUGGGUGUUUUUGGGGGUGGGGUGGGAAUUGCAUUGCUUGUAAGUAAAUGAUAACUCAGUUGAGGAUGGAUGUGCUGCCCUGUCAGGCGGCGCGGAUCGAGCACAAGGGCGGUCACUUCAUUUCAGCUGGCAGCCACUGCCAGAAAGUAGAGCACCAUAAAAAUAGAAGAACAUCAGAGGAUGAGAAACAUUGACACAAAUUGACUGUGGCCUAGGAUAUGUACUUAGCACAGUGGUUUUGAUACAUUGCACUGGUAUCACAUAUACAUAACGCAGCUUCAUCACGAGAAUAAUUGGGAAUUCGUGCACAGAGCUCCCAGAUUUGUUUCAUUGGCAGGUCCCAAAACGAGUGAAAAGCCAACCAAAUUCCACAUAGGCUCACGUGCCUGUGUGCACUCACAUGCCAUCCUGUCACCCCGCGUAACCGCCGCCCAUGCCGUCAUCAGUAUUAUGUGUUAACAGCACAUGGCAAACCUAUCCUAUGUACUGAAAAAAAAAAAAAAGAGGAAGAAGAAUUUAAAUAGCAAUACUCCCUCGUAAAUCUGCGCAACAGGUUCCAGGGAAGACCCUGCAAAUAAUCAGUCCUUAAUGGGAAUAUGAUGAGGGGGUGAUUUUGUUUUGUUUGUUGAUACGUGAAAUACUGAACUAGAACAAGCAUACAGACGUACCCGUAUCUGUAUUUUAUCAGUUAUUUUCCCUUGCUUUUACCAAGAGGUAAUGGGCAUCAGCCUGCUUCCAGUGAAGUCACUAGAACUGAUUUAAGUGGGAACAGGAUGGGGCUCUCUUCCAGAGCUGUGAAAAUUUCUGACUGUGGGUCUGAAUUAAUGAUGAGACAGUGCACAUUGUCUUUUGGCAGAGUGCCUGUUCUGCAGCUCUUACUUUAAAUGAACAAGCUGUGUUCAUAAAACUGGAAAGGGGAAUCAUGGAUAAUGUUUUCUUAGUCUCAGACCACUUUCAAAGCAGAACUCUUUCUCUUUCAAUGCUGUUUUCUAGGGACUCAUGUAAGUUUAAUCCUCCAGUGUGGUGACAGUCUAACCAGGUUCUGCUUACUGACUUUUGAGUCAUAGAACAACAAUGACUUCUCUAAUUCCUCUUCCCACUCUCCAAAUUAAAGUAUGGCUUAUUUUCUUGCUGUUGCAAGCACUUCUUUGUUUGGCUGCAAGCAUGGAAAUGAAGCAGUUUUUGCCUGUUUCAUGUCUCGCCCCGUUAUUACUCAGCCUGUAAGACCUGAACCAGCUAUUGUUUGGGGUAAACUGUGAACCAAAUGGAAUAUGAUUUGAUUUUCAAAGGCCACGUUAACUGCAGAUCAAAUACGGCAUUGAAAUCACUAGAGGAGAGGCAGAGAGCUGGUGCAUUCAACUUUAGCAUGUUGUUUUUACAGCACCCUUUUCUCAUCACACGAAUCCACUGAAGUGCUGCUUGUUUUGUAUUUUAAUUCUCUCCCUGCCUCUGUACACCGUUUCCAACAGUUUGAAAUUCAGACUUGAGUUUCACAAAGGAGGGGCUGCCUUAAGCAGAGGAGCUGCCUUGUUUCUUCUGUGUACGCCCUGGGGGAUACACCUUGCUUUUGGAGAUGUUCUUCUCCAGAAGAGUAAAGAUGACUAAAAACUUAAAGAGCAGAAAAUACAAGCAGCACUUUGGGCUCAAAUACAACCCUGUUACAGCCCUUAUCCAAAGUCCACUGAAGUCGAAGGGUGUCUUUCCUGUUGAUUUCCAAUGGGUUUUGAUGGGGUCUGCAUCCUUGUGCUGCCAAGUGCCCAAGCACACUCUCUUUUGUCUCCAAGCACAGUGGGUCGUUGUUACCCCUGGAUUUGGCUGGUACCAGUAUUUGCUAGUGGUGUUGCUGUCCUUAAGGUCCUGUCUGUGCUUCUGCCCCAAAACAGCCGCUGCUCCCACAGGUGUGUAGCCUGGCCGUAGGCAUUUCCUCCUAGCCGAAAAGUGGGAAGCAAAAUGAAGCCAUUUUCGGUUGUUGGCUUGGGGGCAGAAGGUAUUACAAAUCCAGUUGGCUCAUCUCUGAAUUCCAAGACUGGGAGGAGCUAUGUCUGCUAGUUCCCAGCGCUUUUAUGUGUUGCUGUAACUAAAGAAAACAUUUAUAUUAAAAAAAAAAAAGCCAUUUUACAGGCUGUUUACCCACAAAACCAAUACGCAAGAUAUAAAAAGCAACUGUUCUCUAUGCACAGUUCCCAGCUUUACCCAAAGGCUUUUCCCUGUGCGUCCUGGAUCCGUAGGGAAUCCACACCAGAGGUGCACGUGGGCUCAGCCCCGGGGAAAGCCGCGUACGCCGGCACCGGCUGCUGAGAGCCCUGCUGUACCCAAGGCCACAUUCUGCUCUCCUCUACCAAAGGGUGACAGUAAACGGGGAAUGUGUGUGAUUGGGACCGGUAACAGGAUUUGGCCCGGUUUGCCCGAGCUGUUUCCGUGUUUAUGGGCUCUGAGUAACCAGCUGGGUUUUAAUGGAUCUUAUCUGCAGGGUUCUCUGAAGCAGAGGCAGCCUCUGACCCUAGAAGCAUGUCAGUAGAAGACCUUGUUUCCAACAUUUUCUUUGUAAUAUAUUGCAGUAACAAGCAAAAGAAAUGAAACUAUCAUCUUGAAAACUGUCUUGUUAUUGGUUUCACUUCAACCCACAAAAGGAGGGCUGACCCCCCCCCCCACCCAAGGCUUAGGACUGAGGCAGAAACUUCUAGAUUCAAAUCCUGCGCCUGGCAACAACCUCAGUGUCUCCCCCCGUACAUUGGGAAUAGCAAAUUUACACACUGCAAAGAGUGGGUGAGUAGUACAGGGCACUUGGAAGCAGAUUCUAAUAUCGGAAAUUAAAAGAAUGACCCAAAAGCCAUCGCUCACCCUGGCUGCUGUGCUGGUCUGUUCAUGGCUGCAAGCCAUGCUUUCAUUUAUUGUAAGUGCUGCCUGCCAGAGCACGGGCUGCAGGACGUACCUGGCACUAUCUUCCUCCUUUAGUGGGUUUAAGGGAACUUUUUUAACAUAAUGUGAAUGUAGUUUUUUGUGAUUUCUAUGUACUACGGUUUGAAGUGGUACAAUUUCUUUUAUUUUUAGGACUGAUCAUUUGAUGCUACGAUAACAUGAGAAAUGUAUGUGUAGUUUUAAAACGAUUGGAGAACAACGGCUUUAAGGCCCUCCAGCAGAAGUAGUGGCCAGAUAGUACAUUCGUCUUCGAUAUCUGCCCCUUUCUUCCAAAAAGUUUUUCCUUCUUCUCUACAUGAAGUGUUUCUUCACGGGGCCCAUCAAUGCGUCACGAUCCAGGUCAGGAUAGGUGAGUGCUGGGUACAGUGAGGGCAGGUGCAAGUGGUGACCUGUCCCUUUCUGGAGCUGGUGAGACAGUUCCCCUUCAAUUCAGACGUUACCCAGUUGGAUGCUUGUCCAUCCCACAAUGUUUCUGCUGUAGUGGGGAGCUGCCAGCAGACUCCACUCCUGCUUUAGGAGGGUUGAGAGGCCAAGACAGCCUGCAGCGCUAAAAAGGAGGAGGAGGAGGUUGUUUUUGCUUUUAGUUCACCUCAACAGUGUUAACUUCACUGCUUGGUAGGUUGUUGUUGCUCAUUUGUCUCAUCCCUGCUAGCUCUGUUGAAGGAGUUUGCUUCCUACUCCAAAGUUUCCCAGACAGCCCAAUGCCACCUUGGAUCCUACCCAGGUCACAAAAUGCGGGAUGGACUGGCCAGGCUGCAGACCCAGGCUGGCGUGGGGUUCAGACUCGCAGAAAAACUCCCAAAAAAGGAUCAGUGUGAAUUUCUGGCUCGCCUGAAUUUCUCCCUUCAUGCCCAACAUUUUGGAAUGAACGGGGAGCACUUCAGGUUGAUGUUUUUUUGCACCCCCUAGUCCCUUACUUGCUUACAAAACUGGGAUGGCAAUGGAAAUGGCAUAAAGGAAGGUCCCAACAAGCUUUUGAAUCCUCUCUCCCAGGGCUGUCCUGUAGGAGCAGGAAAGGCAGUGCUGUUGCUGAGGUCACAAGCAAGGAAGGAACCACCAUGGUGGCAGCACGGACACACGCCAGUUAGGAAGUUUUCACUCUGAGCCCAUCAGAUCACUUCCCAGAGACCCCUGAACAGCUACAGAAGGUAACGAGUGAUGUUACAGAACAGGGCCUGACCUAGGUUUAUAUCCUGGGGUUACUCCAGCUUCUAACUGACAUUCAGUGUUACUGACACCCACUCCUGUCCCAGAGGAUUUUCCGAAUGUCACAAAAAUGGGUAGCACUUCAGAGAUUUGCAACACAGACGAUGCUAAACGCUGUGUUUCCAGGGGUGCAGCUGGGAAUGCAACUCGUGCUACCUGCUGGAUUCAAAUCACAGGGCUGGCUGUUAUCUUUUUGUCCUUGUCUUCACUAAUAUGAGCAGAGCACGUUCCCGUGGCAGCAGCAAAUGCAGGAUUCACUGCCCGAUCCGCUGUGGAGCCAGGCCUUGAGAGCACAGGUCAGUUAGUGAUAGUUCAGGUGAAGCUCUUGUCUCCUGCCGUCCGAGCUCUCCGGGGCUGGUUGUUUCGCCCCAUCCCCAGGAGUUCUGCCAAGGGGAGUGCAUUCCCAAUAAGCACGUGGGUGUUAAAGCCUGUAUUGUCCCAGCUGCAGGUGGUUUUCUCUGUAAUUUUUAGCCAUGCAAGCUGAAAAAGAAAAAAAAAAAAAAAAUUUGCAAAUGAGUCUGUCUCAUCCCUCAAAGCUCCACAAUUCCCCCUCCCUGUUUUCCCCCAGGUGUCAAUUCUGCAGACUGGAUUGAGAGAGUUGUACUAUAAUGAAUAAUUUUAUAUUCAAAUGGUUUACUGAGCAUGAUUUGUUUUGUACAUAUUGGAAUAUGAUUUAACUUAUUUUUAUUGCCCCCUUUCAUAUUUUUUUUUUUGCAUAAGGAAGACAAAAAUCCCCACCCUCUCUCAAUGUGAAGUUCCUCUGUGUUUGUGUGUAGUCUGCCAGGCAAACACGCAGCAGCCACAGCAUUUCUCACCAUCCCUACCCCGUAUCUGAUUUUAUUUUUCAUUUGUACCUGGUUUUGUCUGAGGCUUUGCUUAUAUUAGAGUCUCUUCUUUCCUCUCCGGUGCACAGUCUGCACAGGGAAGGGGAGGGGCAACGCAGGCAGGACUUUCUUUUUCUCCCCCUCUGCUUUCUUGUGUGCUUUACCUACCAAGGAACUCAGUUCUUAAAUCUUCAAGGAGUUGUGUGACUGAGGGUAAAAAAAAUAAAAAUACAACUGCCCCCCCCCAUACCCGCCUUCCAUCCUCCGUAUUGUAGAUCAAACAGAUUCAGCUUCUCUGAAAGUGAUUGUGGCUGGAGUCAUUCCAUUGGGCUGAAUGUGUAUGGUUUGCUUUAUUUUCUUUUUUCCCACUUCUGGAACUUAAAAAAUAACAAAAAAUAAAAGACAACUGUUUAACUUGAGCCAAGUAACACUUAAAGCUUUAUAUAUUUAUUUAUAGCAUCUUACAAAAAAAAAAAAAGUGUUAAAAGGUUUUUUCUUUUCUUCCACAAGAAAAAUUGGAUUAAAAAAAAAUAAUCAUCUAAUUGUUUUUGUCUAGAUCAAGAAUGAAUGUUAGCAGAUGAAAUAAACCCUAAAACA